AUGUCGAUUGUAUUCUCCUCAGCUACAAAAAUUUCUUCACUAUUUCCUACUUACCGUCAAACCUCUCCGUGCCGUCGAAUUGGAAGUUGGAGCUUGAAAUGUAACAACUCUUUGCAAUCUGAAAUUUACACAAGGAUUGCUUCAACCUCCACCGGACCUAUUCCACCUUCUCAUCUCAUUCAAGUCGCCACAACUGCUGCUCAGACCGGUGCUCAGGUUGUGAUGGAUGCUGUUAAUAAGCCGCGGAAUAUUACAUAUAAAGGAUUAACUGACUUGGUGACUGAGACGGAUAAAAUGAGUGAAGCUUCCAUAUUAGAAGUGGUGAAAAAGAAUUUUGAAGAUCACCUUAUUCUUGGGGAAGAAGGAGGCAUUAUAGGAGAAGUAGCUUCUGAUUAUCUCUGGUGCAUUGAUCCCUUAGAUGGGACAACAAACUUUGCACAUGGCUAUCCCAGCUUUGCAGUUUCUGUUGGGGUUCUAUAUCGAGGAAGACCUACUGCUGCUACAGUGGUUGAGUUUGUUGGCGGUCCUAUGUGUUGGAAUACUCGCAUUUUCACUGCAACUGCUGGCGGUGGAGCAUUCUGCAACGGCCAAAGGAUCCAAGUUAGUGCAACUAAUCAGGUGGAACGAUCUCUUCUAGUGACGGGUUUUGGGUAUGAUCAUGAUGAAGCCUGGGCAACUAACAUAGACUUAUUCAAAGAAUUUACAGACGUCAGCAGGGGUGUAAGACGGCUUGGUGCAGCUGCAGUGGAUAUGUGUCAUGUGGCUUUAGGAAUCGUAGAAGCUUAUUGGGAAUAUCGUCUAAAGCCAUGGGAUAUGGCUGCUGGUGUUUUGAUGGUAGAGGAAGCUGGUGGCACAGUUUCUCGAAUGGAUGGCGGAAAAUUUUGUGUUUUUGAUAGAUCUGUUUUGGUUUCAAAUGGUGCGCUACAUGGAAAGCUUCUGGAGAGAAUUGGACCUGCAACUGAGAAAUUAAAAAGCAAGGGAAUUGAUUUCUCAUUAUGGUACAAACCUGAGGACUACACAGCUGACGUUUAA